AUGGUUGGCGUACCUUACAGCAAGGGCUGUCUGCUCUGCCGAGAGCGACGCAUCAGAUGUGACCAAUCUAUGCCACAUUGCAUACGGUGUCGCAAAUACGGCGUGACAUGUCCUGGAUAUAAACGUCCUUGGCAAUUCCAGGAUGAGGGGCCGCAUCUCCAGAAACGUUAUCAGAAGAAACUGCCAAGUGCCGGUCAUAGUAAAGUGAAGCAUGACCCCGAGGCCAUCCGUCGUAACGGCUCUAUACAAAGCCAAGUCUAUCCUCACGUUUCGAUUGAUGAACGUGUUUAUCCGGCUCUGAUUCAACAAUGCUUCAUCAGCCAACAGCCGCGGGUAUUUAAAGAAUUUAUCUGCGCUGCUUUCCCCACGAUGUUCUUUCACAAUGAGUUCCGGUUCGGAGACGGCUUCACCUUCCCAGACUGGGCUCUAAAACAUUUUGGUAGCAAGCCUUACUUCGAUGCGUCCGUCUCGUGUCUUUCAGCGCAAUACCUCGCCCAUCUCACUGGAGACCCAAGUAUCAAACACUUUAGCCGACAGAAAUAUUCACAAGCUCUGGCGGCAAUCAGGCAAGUUCUAAACUCAGACGAGGAGGCGUCCUCGGAUGCGUUGCUGAUAGCGGUCAUUCUUCUCUCUUUCUAUGAAAUGAGUACGCGGACUACCCGAGAUGCUUGGGUCUGUCAUUCCAGGGCGGUAAAACACAUAAUGAUGAAACGGGGAAUGAAUCUUCAUCUCUCUGGCGCCGGUCGUGUCUGUCAUUUUGCGUACCGACCGUUCCUGAUUGCGGCCGCAAUUUAUGAAGGCGAACCGUGUUUCCUCGGUGAAGACGAUUGGCAAGACCUGGCAGCUGCCCUUCGAGCCGAAGACUCCCAAAAGAAGAGCGAGUGGUCGUUCUAUAUCGAUGUUUACGAAACCAUUUUCAUGGAGCUGGUCAAAUGCCCUAAGUACCUGCAAGAGGUACGAGAGAUUACUUCCAUUACCACUGCAGAAGCCCGAAUCCUAGAGCGAAGGAUUGCCAUGACCUGUAAUCAACUCCGGACACUCACCGACGAGUUACGAUCGCAGCUGGCAUCGAAUAACCAGCGAAAGUUGGGAAUACUCUUCCGUGGUUUCAUCGGUCCGGAGCCGAACGGGUUUCCUGAGACAAGCCCAUCACUACUUCUCAGUGCAGCAGUCAAUACUCUCGAAAUACUCGAAAACCUCCUUUCUCGAUUAAAUAUGCCUGUCUACAUCGACGAAGGAGCUUCCUCCUGGGAAAGUGUGGUAUCAUCACCCGACCCCCAAAAUACAAGCCCAAGUAAUACUAGCCGUCCAUGUCUUGAUUUUCGUCUCACUUGCGAGCUUGGAGAGGGUAUUCAAAAAGACGAUCCACGGGCCUUUACGUGGCUUGAUCGGGUCGCCGGCUCAAUGGGACUAUUAGGAGCGAAAGCCAUCUACUGA